AUGUCAAAGCUGACCAAGAUCAACCAUGCCGCCGGUAUCUUUGCGGACAUGUCUGUUGACGGUCCUGCGAUUGGCACCUUGGUCGCGAUCAUCGAUCGUGCGAAAAAUUUGCCUAAUCGAAAGACCAUGGGAAAGCAGAAUCCUUACUGUGCAGCACGAUUAGGUAAAGAAGCAAAAAAGACGCCGACAGAUUUACGUGGUGGACAGACUCCAAGAUGGGACCAUGAGCUUCGUUUCACAGUGCACGAGUCUCCAGACUACUUCAAACUUAAGGUGUCAAUCUUCAAUGACGAUAAGAAGACCGAUCUGAUUGGAGAGACCUGGAUUGACCUGCAGAACUUGAUCAUUCCAGGAGGGAGCCAAAACGAUCAUUGGCAUCCCCUGCAGUGCCGCGGAAAAUACGCUGGCGAUGUUCGUAUCGAGAUGACCUACUAUGAUACCCGACAACAGGAUGAAGCGGUAAUAGUCAAGCGAAAGGAGGCAGCAGAAAGGGUGCAAGGCAAGGCCGUCAGCAGCGCACCUUCGUCUACUGGCGUAUCAGGUCCUCGAACGUUAGAGAAAGUGAAAAGGCGUCCACUACCUACCGGUCCUUCCGGGGCUUCUGCCCCUGCCCCUAGACCUUCUGCGGUAGAGCAUACGCAUUCCGCCCCCGCCGCGAUUCAACAUCCCCAUCUAUCACGCCCAGCCGCACGAGAGCAACCACAUAGCGUGCCCGCUCCCACCCAGCUUCCACGGCAUGAUGCCACAACUUAUGCAGUCAAUCCAUCAGAAAUCACUCGCGACAUGUCGACCCACAACCACUCCGGCUCAGGUAUGAGGACAAGGGAAACACAUGGCCCUGUCGAAACGUACCCCCGUGAGCGCGAUAACCCAGGUUCCGCCCCGCCUCAAUCUCCCCACCCGUUGAAUACGAGCAGACACGACAUCCAGGAUGCUCGAAUGACUGCCGAAUAUCACCAUGCUCAUUACGAGAACCGCCAUGUACCCUCAUCUCGUAGCCAUGGCGAGUUUGAUCAGGCCCCCCAGGAAUAUCGCCCAAUUCCCGAGCCGUCCAUGGAGCCCACGGUUGCCUCAAACAUGAUGCUAUACGAUAGACAUACUGAGCAGCAAAACACGCAAAGCUCCAUCGUGUCCCCGCAAUAUACCGCAAACCCAAUGACGUUCGGCCAUGUUUCGACUUUUACGCCGCGCAUAUCAGCUUAUGCCGAGGAGCCUGCGCCGUUGCAUUACUCGCGACCAGGUUCGUCCUCCGGCCCAGUGGACGAUUUCAGGUAUCACCCGGGGGCUCUCAAGGCUCUCCCUGCUCCUCGAGCGGAUCCAUAUCACCCGGAGUACGCUACAAUGCAACCGCGAGUUGAGGAUGAAGAAGAAGAUGCUCCACCGCCACCGCCCCCAGUGCACCGGACUCGCAUGGCUCAACCGCCAUCACUUUUGAAGCCGUCGACGGGUCACUCACAGCAGCCUUAUACACCAUAUAGCGCUGUGUAUGUAGACAACCGAUCCCCAUCAAUGCCAGCAAGUCUGGUAGCGGGCUAUGAAGGUGAAGAGCAAGACCGAGUCUAUGAAGGACGAACGAGCCGCACGGGGAGCACGAGCCACCUUGAAGAUGAGAUGAUGAUCCCGCUGCCCUUGUCAGCAUCCAGCAGCUCCGCCACGCUUCCACCCUCAAUGCAAUCAUACGCACCCGCACCAGCCUCCACAACCUACGAGAAUGCUGUUUAUCCUCUCCAAACAUCUCCACAGCCCAUUGACGAUCGGAGCUCAGCCAGACACAGGGGGGGUUCCAUCAAUUCCGACUCGCGUAUGGUGAUUGCAAGAAAAUCAGUGAGUCCCGCGCCCGCAAUGUCUCGGGGCUCUUCGGUCCCAUUUUCGCCGGAUUCAUAUGACUCUUUGAACCCGCGAUCCUCCCGUUCAGCUGGCGGCUCGGAGCAUUUACCCGCAUACGAGUCUUUAUCUCAAGCUCGAGAUGCAGCGCUUCGUAGCGAAGUCGAACCUCGCCGAGACCCCGAUCAACCCAUUAUUGGUGAUGAUGGACGCGAGAUUGAUCCAUCCGACCACCUUCCCACAGACACUUGGGCACCCGAGCCUGAAAGAAAGAGCCGCAAGCCUGAAGUGAUCAUACGAUUUAAACAUUCUCAGCGUCCUACUUCUCGCGGUAAUGAUGCUGCUCGCGCUGUUGGGCCACCACGUGUGGGCUUCCGCACGACUGCCGAGUAUGAUCGACCAAGCCAAGCAUACGGUCCGACACACGUUCACAAUCGUGAUCCCGUGGACCGGACCCCCCCUCGCACAGAUCGGGGCCAGGAGGGUCUCGGUAGCUUUUCACACGGUCGGGGCUAUGGUAAUCCAUCUCCUGGAGAGCGCCCACGCUCAUCGCGAGGCUCGGUAUCUCCAUCUCCAACUUCUCGAGCCCCGCUCUACGACUACCGCACUGGGCCUCCUCUUCCCGCCAAAGUGCCCGUUUCCUAUGGUUCUCCAGAAUAUCCAGUCGCUGCUAGUCGGGCAGUAACUGGUAAUCCCGGCAUGGAUGCAUUGAGCCGUGAACUCAAAACGAUUGACAUUGGUUCCGUGGGCUGUAGCCCUAGCAGGGCUGUGCGCAAAUAUGCACCCCCUCGACCUUCGGUGACUAUGGGUUAUGCCAGCUGA